CAUGAGGAAUAUAUACUGUACCCACUUCCAUUGGCAAAUGGAACUCUUGAUUCUGUCCAAUAUCUCUUCUCUAACACCGCCUAUAUGCUCCAUUAAAUAAGCCUGCAACCUGCCUUGUUUCUUGUAGUGUUCUAAUCGUUUUAGGCUUUCCAAUCCAUCCUGAUUUCCCCUUCUAGAUCCUGGAAUCACGUGAAUGGCAUCCAAAAGAAUACUGAAGGAGCUCAAGGACUUGCAGAGAGACCCACCAACUUCAUGCAGUGCAGGCCCUGUGGGUGAGGACAUGUUCCAUUGGCAAGCAACCAUCAUUGGUCCAAAUGACAGUCCCUAUGCUGGUGGUGUUUUUCUUGUGACCAUCCAUUUCCCUCCUGAUUAUCCCUUCAAGCCUCCCAAGGUUGCAUUCAGGACCAAGGUCUUCCAUCCCAACAUUAAUAGCAAUGGCAAUAUUUGCCUGGACAUACUCAAAGAACAAUGGAGUCCUGCUCUCACCAUAUCCAAGGUGCUACUCUCUAUAUGUUCUCUGCUAACGGAUCCAAACCCUGAUGACCCUUUGGUGCCUGAAAUUGCUCAUAUGUGGAAGACCGACAAAUUCAAGUAUGAGUCAACUGCUAGAAGCUGGACCCAGAAGUAUGCCAUGGGCUAAGACUCUCUUGCCCUCUUUCCUCCUCCAAUACUUUUUGGCAUUGUCUUUUUGUUCUUCAAAAUCCCUCCUUUUUAAGUAUUAUAUAUAUCAUAUAUAGAUAUGGCCUUGAGGUUGGAGCAUUAUUGAACUUUGCAUACAUAUAAGAAUUGUUGUCAAAGGCAAGAGCUUUGUAAUUGGAGCAUCCUCUAUAUGAAUAAAUGCCACUCUCAUUUGGAGCUUU